AUGGAAGAGGAACAGGCCGAACGCCGCGCGGCAAGGAUGGUGUCUAAACGCACCGAUAGGGAGGGUGGCGGCGGCGCUAAAAAAACUAAUGUGUCCGUCGCGCGUGGCACUGGGCUGAUAAAAGUGGCUACAAAGAAGGUCGCGCGCGGUCAAGAGAAGACCGGCAGGAAGGCGGAAGACAACGGGAAGCAACCAGGGCCAUGCAAGCGUGUUUCUACAGUGAACAAAGAUGCGGAUGUUGCCUCUGCUGGCACCGUGCCCGUCCCGUCGGCCGAGAGAGAGGGAUCGGCGACAGGGGGAAACCACGGAGGCGAUCCCCGUGCCGAGCAUGAUGCAACCAAGGAGUCUGAGGCGGAGGCAUCACAACACCAUCUGACGCUGCUCCAGCCGACCGUGGUCGAAAUUUCUGCUGCCGUGCUGGAUAAGGACAAGAGGAAGAGCGAUGGGGAGGAGGACGAUUAUGACACCGCCGUGCCCGGGGACAUCACCACGCGGAUGAAGAGGCGGCAGACGACAGGCAGUGCUGACGACGCCGGUGGCGCGGAAGUUGGGACAACGCGAGGCGCCAGUGAAGCUAGUGGCAAGGCGACGGGUCAUGCAUUGCGCCAGAAGGGCCGACCCACGGCAAGAAAAACAUCCGGCGGAAAGAGGGGCAAGACAGCAGCGAUGAGGACGAGGCCGAAACAGGGCGAUGAAGACCCUGGUGACGCUGAGGAGGCGGAUGAUGAGGAGGAGGAUGCGGAAGAAGAGGAUGCGGAGGAGGAUGACGCGGAUGAUGGGGAGGAUGAAAAAGAUGAGAACGAUGGCGAGGAGGACGAAGAGGAGGAGGAGGAGGAGGAGGAGGAGGAGGAGGAGGAGGAGGAGGAGGAGGAGGAGGAGGAGGAGGGGGACGGCGAGGAGGAGGAUGAGGAGGAGGAGGAGGAGGAGGAGGAGGAGGAGGAGGAGGAGGAGGAGGAGGAGGAGGAGGAGGAGGAGGAGGAGGAGGAGGACGUGGCGGCAAUGAAGGGACGUGGCAGACGACAGAGUGGUACAGGGAAGGUGGGGGGCCAGACUCGCCAUUCCCGGAAACGCGGGGCAGUUGACGCCGGGUGA